AUGUACGUCUCUGAACUUUAUCUCGACCACAACAGAAUACAGUACCUGCCGGUGGGAACACUGAACUCAUUUGUGAGUACUGAAGUUGUGGACUUAUCGUGGAACCAAAUGAAGAAUAUUUCGGAUAAACAUUUCUCCAGCCUACGGGAACUAAAACGGCUGUCUUUGGCCGGGAACCCAAUCGGCAAGUUAAACAUAACACUGCCACCCAAUCUCGAGGAACUCGACGUCAGUUCGUGCGAGCUGUCGUCGCUCGGAGAGCGAACGUUAAAGAGGCUGCACCUAAAAAGCCUCGACAUUUCCAACAACAGCCUCGUGGCUGUGGACUGGUCUCUGGUGGACAACGGGACAUCAGUGCGUGCGAACAGCAAUCCUUGGGACUGCAGCCUGUUGUGGCAGAACAAAGCUGAGUUCGCCAGGAGUCAAGAGCGAUGUGCGACGACCACCGGGUCUGCAACGACCACGCCAGUUGCAGCUGAGGUGGGCCCAGAAGCGUCGACGACUGCGGAGGGGGCUCGGGUCCCUGAGGAGCUGCUGUGGAGCUCCUUCGGCAUCGUGGAGGCCGUGCUGGUUGGCUGGCUGGUAUUUCGCCGGCUAGGGUUAGCUUGCCCGCAGUCCCGCGGCCCUACGGGCGUGUCGGCCGCUGGCGGCGGCGCGCGACCGCAGGCGGUGUGUUUGGUUUGCAUGGGGCGGCAGGGCGCGCCCGCGUGCCACCAGCUGCAUCGAUCGCCGGCGCCGCGCGCGCUACCUGUUGAGCGCGCCGCUCCUCCAGCCGCCAACCCGGAACUGGAGGCUGCGCCGGCGUCUGGAGUCUGGCCGCUUCUGCCCCGCCAGGGGUGCACCGCUCCUAGCAGAGCACUCACCUCGUGUAGUGUGUGGCUGCACCGGGACUCGUAG